AGUCAAGCAUUGUUUACCGCGCAUGCGCAAAAAACCCGGUUGGAAUUCUAACACAAUUCUCGAAACGCUUAAUUAUACAGUUUGUAAUUACAUUGUUUCAGUAAAAACGAAGAAUUUAUUGUUGAUUGUAGUCUCGUAAGUAAUCAUAGUAAUGCAAAUACUGCAUCCUACUGUACGUAGAAGAUAAAACUUCAGAAAAAAGGGAACAUUUGUAAACAAUGGCAGAAGAAAAAAACAGAAGUCCAAGUGAUAAACUGGAAUCGAUAGAAGCUGCUGAGGAAAAAAUAAAAUUAAAGCUUGACGAUAAAAGCAAACAGAAAUCUAAGGAUGAACCAGUGGAAAGACUUGGUGGACAGAGCAACAAUAAUGAAAAUGGGAACUGUUAUUGCAACAAGGAAAGAAAUUUAAAUAUUGUGGAGCUACUUUGCGCCAGCUGUUCUCGUUGGUUUCAUGAAUCCUGCAUCGGAUAUCAAUUGGGCAAACUUGUACCUUUUAUGAUGAACUAUAUAUUUAUGUGCAAGAACUGUUCACCAACAGGUUUAGAGAGUUUCAAGAAGAACCAGGCACCAUUUCCACAGAUGUGUAUAACAGCAAUCGCAAACCUGCUGCAGAUGUGUCAAAAGGAGAACGAGCAGAGAACUCUCUUUCACAAGGACAAGGACAUCAUACCAUUUAUUGAUUGUCACUGGGAGAGUAUGACUACGAUGCCUCGCAGAGUCACUCAAUCCUGGCAUGCUACGAUCCACAGAGCAUUGCUUAAAGAUGUCGGGACAUUAUUUACAAUGGACGAGAGUACGUCCGAAGGUCAGCUAUUUGGUUUGGCAAGCCCUGAACUUACAUUGAUUAAACCAAAUUAUGAAGCUAUGAUUAAAAAUGGUCACCUGCGAGCGACAGAAAUGGGCCUACAGCAUGUCGUGCCACUUAGUGGAGGAUUACGCGGUCGUAAUGCUAAGCGGAAGUUUCCGGGCGAGGCCACGGGUGCUGGUUCCGGGAAAAAAGGCAGAGGAUCCGAUAUGACCACUCCUAAACUACCCGCUCACGGUUACCCACUCGAGCACCCCUUUAACAAGGAUGGUUACAGAUAUAUCUUGGCAGAACCAGAUCCUCAUGCGCCCUUCCGACAGGAAUUUGACGAGAGCAGCGACUGGGCUGGUAAACCUAUACCUGGAUGGCUGUACCGUGCUCUCAGCCCGAGUACAGUAUUACUUGCAUUACAUGAUCGCGCGCCACAGCUCAAAGUCGCUGAAGAUAGAUUGGCGGUCACUGGGGAAAAGGGAUAUUGCAUGAUAAGAGCCACACAUAGUGUAAGCAGAGGCACUUGGUACUGGGAGGCCACCAUUGAGGAAAUGCCGGAAGGAUCAGCGACAAGACUUGGAUGGGGACAAGAAUACGCGAACUUACAAGCUCCACUUGGCUACGAUAAGUUCGGUUACUCAUGGAGAUCAAGGAAGGGUACGCGAUUUCACGAAAGUCGCGGCAAACAUUAUAGCAACGGAUAUAGCGAGGGUGACACAUUGGGCUUCCUCAUUAUUCUUCCAAACACACAUGAUGCAUCACACAUUCCAAAUACUUAUAAAGAUAGACCCUUAGUGAAAUUCAAGAGUCACUUAUAUUACGAGGAGAAAGACCAAGUGCAGGAAGCUUUGAAAGCUCUACGACCUCUAAAAGGCAGCAAGAUCGUGUACUACAAAAACGGAAUCAAUCAAGGCGAGGCUUAUAUAGACAUUAACAAAGGCGCUUAUUAUCCUGGAAUUUCGAUCUAUAAAAGCGCAACAAUUUCCGUGAAUUUUGGGCCGAAUUUUAAGUGUCCUCCAACCGAUACUACAUUCAGAGGCAUGCACGAGAAGGCAGAAGAGGCGAUAGCCGAGCAAUCCAUGGCGGACAUGCUUUAUCUCACCGAGAACGAAGGCAAACUAAGACUAGAUACAUUUGUAUUAUGACAUUAGUGUAUUCUUUUAUUUUCCCUUAUUUUUAUUCUAUAUUAUGGAUCUGAUAUGCUGAUACGCAUAUACAGUGUUUAACGCAGCAACACGUGAUUUACACUCCAAAAAUUAAUUUUUGGUUUCUUAUUAUACUUAUAAACAUACCCCCCCCC